GGACAUCGUUGCUGAGCGUUCAACUGGUGCUGGACUUGCCAAAAGUUCUUCUCGUGUAUUUACUAUACGAAGCGUUGAGAGCAGAAAACAAGACUUGCUCGACUCCUUCUCACUGCCGUGCAUUUACCAUUGGAUGAGUCUUCGACGCGAACAUGCUUCGAUCGAGCAUAUGUUACUACAGCAACAUUUCGGAGACCUCACCGAAGCCCAACAUUGUGGUACGCUGCGGGCACUAACCCAUCGGGUACCACCAAGCUUUGUUACACCUUCACCUCAUGUGCUACGAGUCGAUGUGGUAGCCAUGCCGUGCUUCCACCUGGCUAAUGCAGCAACAUUGCGGAGGUCCUAUGGUCCUUUCACGAUGCAAGAACUACCCACGUUGUCCGGGGAAGCCACCUAGAUGUGCCACAUCGGCAGCCAAGCAACCAACACCAUUUACGUGAGCUUGAACUUAUGGUUGCAGGAUCAGGCUAAAGGCC